CUUCGAAUCUACAAGCGUCGAAAUGGGCGGCCACUAACUAGUUGGAAGGCCGUGGUUCUUUACGGCAGGAAAGAAAAAAUUUGGGAGGGAUGGGAACCGAGAGGCUGCGCAAGGAGAGCCAAGAUAAGUUCCUGGGCAGCUUGCCCCUGGGCGUCCGGAUCGUCCAGCCAAGAACGCCGGGCAUAGGAGCCAGGAUUGCUGCCAAGCUUUGCGAUGGGAUCGAGGCUUUGCUCGUCCAGUUGUUUAGCGGCGCUUCCAGCAAAUCCAACCUGUUUCUUCAAGAGAACUUCGCGCCGGUUGGAGAGUCUGGGCCAUUUGCGGACUUGCCAGUAACUGGCGCUCUCCCGGAAUGCUUGAAUGGAGAAUUUGUGCGCACUGGACCAAAUCCGAGAUUCGAGCCUACUGCAGGCUACCACUGGUUCGACGGAGAUGGAAUGCUGCAUGGUCUGCGAAUCAAGGACGGGAAAGCAAACUAUGUCUCUCGCUACGUGAAGACCUCCAAGUUAAAACAAGAGGAAUUCUAUGGAACUCCAACUUUCCUGAAGGUGGGAGAUUUGAAAGGAAUACUUGGGAUUUUCUUAGCGAAUGUUUUUCGGCUGCGAGUUGCUCUCGGUGUCGUGGACGCAGAAUAUGGCAUGGGAACUGCCAAUACAGCCAUGGUGUAUCACAACAAGAAACUUUUAGCACUAUUAGAGGCUGACAAACCAUAUGCUAUUCGAAUGCUCGAAGAUGGGAACCUUGAGACAAUUGGCGUGCUUGACUAUGACAAAAGAUUGUCUCACGCUGUUACUGCUCAUCCCAAAGUUGACCCUGUGACAGGCGAGAUGUUUUUCUUCUGUUACCAACAGCAAACACCAUACGUAAUCUAUCGCGUCAUUUCGAAAGAUGGAACUUUGCAUGAUCCGGUAAGCAUCAACAUCCCCGACCCCGUGAUGAUGCACGACUUCGCAAUCACGGAGAACUACGCAAUUUUCAUGGAUCUUCCAAUGACUUUUAAACCAAAGAACAUGGGUGAGGGAAAAAUGAUAAUCUCGUUUGACAGCACGAAGAGGUCCCGCUUUGGAGUGCUGCCUCGUUAUGCUCUCAGCGACAGCCAGAUGCGCUGGUUUCAUCUUCCAAGUUGUUAUAUUUUCCACACAGCAAAUGCGUGGGAAGACGGGGACGAGGUAGUUCUCGUUGCUUGCCGCAUGCCAAAGUUCGACAUGGAGCUCAUGAAAGACACUGACGAUCAUGUUCUCGAGCUCUACGAAUUUCGGUUCAACAUGAAGAGCGGUGCUGCUUUGCAGCGUCCACUCUCAAAGGGGCCAGCGGUGGAGUUUCCUCGCAUCAACGAAAACUACAUAGGAAGGAAGCAACGUUACGUGUAUGCUGCCGUUUUCCACGAUCAAGUGAGGAUCAAAGGAGUGGCGAAGUUUGAUCUCCACAAGGAUCCCGAGCUCUCCAAGGAUGGUGGUAAUCCCGUUGGGAGCAAUGUGGUCGGGGAGUUCAUGUAUGGAGGUCGCCGGUUUGGCUCCGAGGCGGUGUUUGUUCCAAAGAGCUCGGACAAGGACGCGGAUGAAGACGAUGGCUACCUCAUCUCUUUUGUUUACGACGAAGGGGCGGGAAAAUCGGAGGCAGUCGUGAUUGAUGCCAAGACAAUGGCAGCCGAUCCAGUUGCUGUGGUCUCGAUCCCUGUAAGGAUUCCUUAUGGUUUCCACUCGAUUUUUGUGAAUGAGGAUCAGCUAGGGAACCAAGCAUGAAUAUUGUUGAGAAACUUACAAUUGAUCACGAAAAAAAAAACGUAUACUUGGCAAACGCGAUGGUGGAUUCUGAAUUAUUAUUAUAUAAAUUGUAAACAACUUAUGUUUUGUAGAGAGAUCGAAAAGACAUUGGUUUGGUUUGGGUUCCAAACCUGUCCCUGGAAUAUGAAAGACACUCUUGGGAAAAA